AUCCCUAGCAUUGCAUGUUGCAUUUAUUAAAACUCCGCGUGUUUUGUUAUUCUUUUCGCUAACUUCCAUAAAGUCGGCGAAGCAGCCAAGAAGUUAAAUCACCGGAGAACGCUGCUGCCCAUUUUCCAAGAUAAGCCAUCAACUUGUCCUUGUAAAAUAACGCGUAUAGCAUCUCGAAAUGGCAGCGAGCGUCGUAUAUUUCCUUUUGCUAAUUUCCGCGGCACACAAAUUGAUCGACGCAGCAAAACUAAACCACCCGCGCGUGCUGCUGCCCAUAUUCCAAGAUAAAGCCGUCAACUUCACCUUGGAGGUAGACGAAAAAAAAUGCUACAAAUGGACAUCUUCCCGCCAAGACCUUAUAUCCGUGAUGCCUGUGUACCAUGGCUUCAGCGAAUGCGCCUACGAGGCGGUCGUCACAGUGCGGACUCGCGAGCGACGCCGCAACACGGCCAUCGUGUUUGCGGAGGAAGUGCAGACUGGUGCCAUGCUGCGCUGCGACGUGAUAGUGGACAACAUUACCAGUCUGAACGUGCGGACUGCCACACGCCAGCUCUACCUGGAGGAGGCGCCAGCGAUCUUCGAACUGCACGCCUUCGACUCGCAGGGCAACGAGUUCUUCACCCUCGAGGGCAUCGAGUUCAACUGGGACAUCUCGGAGCCUGAUAGCAAAAAGCCGCACGCGAUGCGGUUCCUCACCUUCUCGCAAAGCCCGUACCAUACGGUGCCCCCAGCACUCGAGAAAUUCGAAGCCGUUGGCAUCAAGGGCUACAUGAUCCUGCUGGAGGGCAUCAAUACGGGCACAUCAAAGAUAACCAUCACAAUGCCCUAUGCCGACUACAGCAAUGUCAAGCCCCUGGAAAUAUAUAUCAGUGUGCUGGCCAAUAUAAUUAUCGAGCCCUCCGAGGCGACGAUCCUGAACAAGGACGCCAUUAGCUUCCGGAUUCUCCAGCUGAAGAUGGACCGGCUGCACGACAUUACGGACAGCGAGCAGUACUUUCUCGAGGUGGAGGAUGCCGAGGUGGCCGGUUUGAGAGGCAGCACCGCAACCGGAAAAACACUGGGGCGCACCCAGAUCCUACUGCGUGACCGAAACAUGCCGGAGACGGAUAAGAACACCAAGGGCCCUAGCGCUCUCUUGACCGUGGCAGAGCCCCAUAAGCUGGGCAUCAGCCUCCUGCCGUACAACAACUGGGUGACGGUGAAGGGCGAGAGGCACGAGGUGGUCUUCGACCUUUACGCUCCAGAUGGCCAGAAGGUGACUCUGGGCAGUCAGUUUGGCAUCCACUCCCUGCUGGAUGAGUCUCUGUUUGGCGUCAUCGAAAAAACGAGCAACGGCAGCUGCUUGUACGGUGAAGCUCUGGAAAAGGGCGUCAGCACGGUCUUCGGCGCAUACAAGGAGCUAAGGGUGGAGGCAGAGCUGCAGAUAUUCGAUGAGCUGCUGCUCAGACCCACUAAGGUGAUCCUGCCCUACGACCCGAACAGCAUAAAGCCGCUCAAGCUGCAGUUCUAUGCGGCUGGCGGGGACUACAGCUAUGUGUGGCUAUCCGGCAAUCCGCAAGUCCUCCAAAUCGAUGCCCAAGGUUUGGCCACCACCGAAAUCCGGGACGUGCGUCUCUCCACUGGCACGCAGGAGCAGCACGAUAACGGAAACGUGCUGUCUGCCCACACCACCGUCAAGGUGGCCCUGGCCAAGAACCAGAAUGUCGCCCGCUUGGCUCAAAUCUACUUCCUUUCGCCGCAACGGCUCGAGAUCAAGCAAUAUAACUUCGAGACGGCCCUCAAGGACUACGUGUUGCUGCAUGUGGCUGUCUACGCGUAUGCGAACGACUCGUAUGUGCCGUACACCAACUGCGAUAACUUGCACUUCCAGCUGGACUUUAGCCAUCCCAUCCUUCAGCUGGAGAGCAACGGAGAAGCUGAAAAACUGGCUCCUGAUGCGUGUCAUGUGCUGAGACUGCGGGCCACGGCUGUGGGCAGCACCUCGCUGCGCGUCUCGUACGUCUUUCAGGACAAAGUGCUCCAGGAUACGGUCGAUCUGCAUGUGUUCGAGGCGCUGAGCGUUCUGAAUCCCGUGGAGAAUGAGGUGAUUCUGCCCAUUGGCGCGUCGCGAAACGUAAUCUUUGUGCAUGGGCCGCGCCGCAUCUUUACCCUGGAGGCGGAGCUCACCAAGGCCACAAACUUCAACGGCAAGGUCAUGAAGGUGUCGGAGAUUCAGUUUGACACCCAGGACCCCAUCACCGCGUUCAAUGUGCUGUGCCGCGAGCUGGGCGAGACGGAGUUCACGUACCGUGUGUACAACAGCCUGGCCACGUCCAAAUUUGUCCCCUACAAGUCGGAGGUGACCACCAAGGUGCACUGUGUGAAGCCGCGCUUCCUGAAGCUGUACGCCAGACAGGAGCUUCGCCAGUCGUGUCCCCUGGAGCACCGCUCCUCGCUGCUGUACCUCAAGAGUCAGGAGAACAAGUUUGAGAUCGAGAUCGAAGUGCAGGACGCCAAGAAUCGCAGGCUCAUGAACGUCAGCUCGCUGUGGCUGGACUGGGAGUUUGCCGCUGGCGACGAGCGAUACCAUGUGGACAACAUUCCCCACCGCCAGCUGUCCGAAGUGGAGCACUUCCAUGGCGUCAGUGUCCCUUCCACCGAACUCCUCGUCCUCACGCUGAGCGAAGUGUCGCCCAAUUUCCGCAUCAAGGGCACGGUGGUCCACUACAACGACAAGAUGCUGGCCCAGCAGGACAUUUACGCGGAACGACCUGCCUUUGGGGUCAAGAAUCUGAAAACGGGCGGCAUUACUACGCCAUUGAUUGAGAACGAGAUCCGGUUCCACACGGUGAACAGUACGCUGCUGCCGAAGGAUCACAUCAACAUCUACCUGGCCCCCUCGUACAGCGAACGGAUCCCCAUUGCCCAGGGCAGCGGCUUCUUCCACAUGGAGCUGUCCGAUUCCGGUAUCGUGAAUGUGGUGCACGACGAGAAGGCCGGCUUACUACUGCUGACGCCGCUUCGUCUGGGCCAUACGCGUCUCGAGCUGACUGACCGCUGUCUGCUGAACGAGCCCAGCCACCUGUCCAUCUCCGUGGUGGGCAUCGGCUCCAUCAGCGUGGUCAGCAUGGAUCGGGUGGAGCGCACGAAUUCCAUCGAAGCGAUUGUGAAACUCAUCGACACCAACGACAAUGUGCUGCAAGUGGAUCCCCAUAAGCUGGCUGUCUACGACCUCUCCGAGGUGGUCUUCGAUCCGACCAUAUUGGGCGUGCGUGUGGACGAGCAGCAACAUCUGGGGCCUGGCCAGAUACGGUACAGCAUCACCGGCAACAAUAUUGGGGAGACCAAGAUAGUCUUCCAGGCCGGCAAGGGGUCGCACCUGGUGUCCAGCGAGCCGAUCCUUGUCCAAGUAUUUGCCCCGAUCCGCCUGUACCCGCGCGACUCCACACUCGUGGUGGGCAGCAGCAUCCAGAUCUACUAUCAGGGCGGUCCCCUGCCCAACACCAACGUGAUCUACACUGUGGAGAAGGAACAAGUCGCGACCAUGAGCUCCGCCAUUGUCACAGCCCAACGCCUGGGAGUCAGCAAAAUCACCGGAAGCUGCCUGCUCAAGAACCCCGUCACUGGCAAGGACGAAGUCGUCUCCCAGGACACCAUCGAGGUGCGUGUGUCUGCCCUGAAGGGUGUGCAGAUCCGCACACCGCUUGUCCGCAUCCGCAGUGGCGCCGUCAUGCCGGCCACCCUGUGGGGCCAGCCGGACUUCUCGCCCAUGGUGCUGGGAACGCUGAAGGACAUGCGGAUCACCUGGACAGUCAGUCAGCCGGAUGUUGUGGAGAUAUUCAAUGUGUUUACCGCAGCGGGAAUCGAGUACCAGAGCGGCGACCUAAUCUCUGUUCGUGUGCGCGCCUUGAAUCCCGGCAAGGUCACAAUCACAGCGUCUGUGAGUUUGGCAGAUGGUACAAAGCUGCCCGCCUCCAGCGUGGAGUUAAUUGUUUUCAAAACACUGGAGCUCCUCGGACCCAAGCCCAUUAAAAUGGACUCGAUUCUGGCGGCGCCACGCAGCACGCUUCAGUUGAAGUCCAAUAUGGGCGAUGCCGUCUAUAAGCUGGAUGAGCAGAGCAGCGGCAUUGUUAGCGUGACGCCAGAUGGCAUUGUGCACACGAAGGACACCCUCGGCCGGGAUCUGAUAAUUGCCAAAACCGUUGACCAAAAUCUGCCCAUCGGCAUUGAGGUGAAGAAUGUGCAGUACAUCCUGGUCUCCCUGGUGCCCCACAUGAAGUUCAAGAAGCUCGAACACAAAAUCCCCCGCGGCAUGAAUUUCCUGUUCAAAGUGUCGCUGCACGACAAUCUGGGCAACGAGUUCUCGCACAACAUCGAGGACGCCAAUGGGCUGCGCUACGAACUGGCCACCAAGGAUGUGGUCGAUGUCCAGAUCGACAAUAAUCUAACAAUUGCGCUUAAUCUGCAACGGGAGACAAACAACAUGAUUUCCAUCAGUUUAAAGGACUCGACGGGCGUUAAGCAUGCUGAGGACUAUAUCAAGCUGUCCGUGGUUGAGUCGAAGAACAUCUACCCCACCAAGACGAUUUUCUCUGUGGGCGACAUCAUUUGCUUCGAUUCACCGCUAACGCUGUCAUCGAUUUGGAGCAGCUCCAAUGAGCAGAUUGUGACGAUUAAUAAGCACACAGGCACUGCCCGCGUGCUGAACCAUCGCCACAAGUUGGGCGAGAAGAUUGUUAUCACCAGCGGCGAUGAGGCCAACCGAGGGGGCUUCAUCAAGUACGAUCUGGAAGUGCGCGAAUCGGAUGCGAUUGUGUUUGCCAAAUCGCUGGACAUAUUCAGCGGCUCCGUGUACCGGGGACAGUUGGUGCUGCGCAACCACAUGCAGUCGGAGAAACACAGCAACCUGAUCGCUCACAACUUAACAGAGUGUGCCGCUCAGCUGGACAAUGUACCUAUGGAUGUCUUCACGUGUCGCCUGGUGGCCAAGGAUACGCUCGGCCGCCAGCUACUGAAACUCUACAAUGCACAGCCCACGUUUGAUCCCAGCAGCGGGCAGUACAGCUGCCAGUUGGAGCUGCUCUCCAGCUUCAGCGAGCUGCUGGCCAUCGUCAAGACCAAUGAUGUCUAUUUGGAUCUGCAGGCGGCGAUGACCAGCACCAGCGGCGUUUUGGAUACCAUGACACUGAAAUUGGUGCCGGGCAUUAAAGCGAUGCCCGAAUCGGUCCAGGUGACCGAUUUGAAGCCACAGGAGCUGCACAUUAGUGGGCUGGACAAGGCACUGAAGAAGCUGCAGGUCAAACCAUCGAACAGCAAAUACUUUUCAGUGGAUUUCAUUGAGCACGGCCAUGGCAUCAGCAAAUAUCGUUUGCGAUUCGUCGAGGACUUCCCGAUGGAUGAACACUUUUACGCAUUGAUCGAUUCCCCGGAAACGCAGCAGAUCCUUGAGGUGCCCAUUGUGGGCACAAUGCUGGCCCAGAAGUGCUCGGACCGUCCGUAUGGCGGACCCCUGGCCCAUCGUCUGUUAGAGAAUAUUGGCUUCCUCGUCACCACGACUGUGAUAGUAAUCAUCUCGAUAUGGCUGUACAUGUCUUGCUUCCAAUCGCACGGCGUCACGCAAGUCAACUCUGAGGUUUUCCAGACGGAGAAAUCGAGAACUAGUCCCGCCGCUAGUCCGAUAUAUGCGAGUCGAGAUAAUUCAUUUGACGACUCGUCAAUUCGUCGGAACUAUUCUAGUAGCCGUCGGAGGAACAUUAUGGACAACUCAAAGGACUCGUAUAUUUACGGCAAUCCGCGACUCAACUCCCCAAAUAGAUCCGGCAAUUCUCCUCGCUUCAACUAGCUUGAAGUUAAAACAGAGGAAAGAUAUUGGCUUUGAAGUUUGGGAGGAACUAUCUGCGAUCUAUCUGCGACUUCUCCCUUUAUUUAUGUUAUAUUAUUAUGCCAUGUAUAUAAGCCUGCCUAGUUCAGUCCAUGUUUUUGCUAAGGGGUACAAGCGGGAAUUAAGGCUCCUCUCAAACUUCAAGUGCUAUGCUAUAUAUUAGGGAAAAUACUUGAAGUUUGGCAGGAACCUCAUGUGGCACUUGUUUGCGAUUCCCCUUGCGUCUGUACCAUAAGUACUAUGUAGGUAAUGUCUAGUCUGUAAAUAUGAUAAGUGGAAGCGUAACACAGCCAAAGUACAAUGUAUAUUUUCUCCAAAAACCAUUUAUCAGUUCGCUAAGAAGCAUUUAUGCUUUCCUAAAAUCCUAAACUAAGAGAUUGAAUAAAAUAUUAAGAGUGAA